AUGCUGAUACUUUUUAAGUUGCAUUUUUUAUUCAACCAUGCUCCGUGCACUCACCCUUCUGGAUUUAUAUUUUAUUUUUCCAUUCAGGAGUGGGGAAAUGAGUACGCUUUAUGGAAUAAAGAUGACUUCUGUGGAAUUUCAGAAAUCAUUGUUCCAACAGAGGUACUGUGGAAGCCAGACAUAACAAUUGAAGAGAUGAUAGAGAAGGACAAAGCUCCUCCAAGCCCCUUUCUCAAAAUACACAGUAGCGGGUCGAUUGAAUUUAGGAACGACCAGAUUGUGAUCAGCGCCUGCACGAUGCAUGUUCACAAAUUUCCUUUCGACAUUCAGAAGUGUAACAUCACUUUCAAGUCCUACUUGUAUGCAGAACAUGAAUUACAAAUCGACAUAGAGAAAGAUAGUUCGGUAAUAUCGAAGUGGUCUCGUGAAAUWAUGGCGACAGAAUUUGAGUGGGUGUUUGUCAACAUGUCUGUCACAAAUGCUACGGUGAACCAUUAUGGAUACAAUCAAACCAUUAUUGUUUACACUGUAGAAAUGAGGAGAAAAGCCGUCCUCCACUUUGCCAGCUUUGUGCUGCCUAUCCUCUUCUUCUUGUGUCUGGAUUUUUUCUCCCUCCUCCUGCCACACGGUGGAGGGGAGAAGAUCGGCUUCAAGACCACUGUGCUGCUUGCCGUCACUGUGAUGCAACUUAUUCUCAUCGAGAUUCUACCUUUUACAUCAAGCAAAAUUCCCCUUAUAGUGGUGUACAUCAAUGGGAUUUUUGGACUAAUGUUGCUCAGCCUCCUGGAGACUAUAGUGGUGAGCUAUCUGAUAGAGAAGGACUCAGAAUCCCAGGACGAUGCCCAGAGUUUGAAUGAAGAGCAUGAGAUAAAAAAAUGCUUUCAUUGUGCAUCCAAAUUUGAUGAGACUGCUGAUCAAUACUCAUCUAUUAACAAAGAGGGAAGCCACAAACUGACUGAGGUACUCCUGGCURUGGAAAAGGUCUCCGACGAACUGCAGGGAAUGAAAAGAUCUGUGACAUUCCUGAGCAACACAAUGGAGCAAAAGCCCGGCUAUUGGGCAGGAAUUGCGAAAAAAAUUGACAAGAUGUUUGCAUAUUUUUAUGUAACAACUGUGUUUGUGUUUUUAUCUGUUAUCUUCACUGUGUGGCUCUUAUAAUCAGACUUAUAAUCAGACAAAUGGAGGAAAGAUCUUAAACAUGUUCACUUUGGUGAUGUAUAACAAGUGUGCAUUUCUGUGCAAUUUUUCAAACAGUCAGUCACUCCUAUUGUUUUUAACUUAUUGAUAAAUUUGAUGAGCAUUUCAUUGGCUUUUAUUGUUGGUUGUCAAGUUUGGGUGCCGUUUGCUUGACAGCAACAGUUAGAAAAGUUAAUGGAGGAUAAGGGGAGUCUGACAAUGUUCGGAACUGUAUUAAUGCAAUGUUUUUGAAUUAGUUUCUAGACUAAUAAGGUAUCGGAUCACUCCUGUUACCUUAUCAGGUCUCUCUGCAGGACCCUUUUGUCUGCCGUACUGAAGCACCAGACUUAGAUGCAGGACAUAUUCUUUCAAACUGUAGAGGGAAGUUUGAUGUGAUACUUCUUAAUUGAAAUGAACUUAAAAUAAGUGGUGACAGUGGAGAAGAGCCAGUCCCUCCAGCAGAUCAGUAUGGGUGGGAAUCUGCUGCAGCUGGCUGGGUUUUAAGAGGACGGACUGCAAAAACACACACAGAAGCAUCAGUCCAGGAGAACUUUUAAAGAAAUCCAGAGCAGACAGUCAUAGUUCUGCAGAUGCAUGCAUUUAGAGUUUUAAAGCAACAAAAUUGUGUAUGUUGUAUAACUUACUGGGUGUCAUKUUGAACUGUUACCCUGCAUGAAAAUWUUCCUUCAUAUUUUGCUCUACCUAUCUCUUAUUACAUAUUAAAAAUAUUUUUAUUAUAAUUACUAAAAAUUAAACGUACUUAAGCAAUUAGACUACAUAAAAGGUCUAGGUAUGUUGUGGUAACUCAUAAUAAAAUAAAUGUGUGUAAAAUAAAGGACAGGCAUGAUUCAAUUUAAGCCAUGAAUGUGAAUUUAGUUUAUGACAAUGAAACAACAAUGAGUAAACAAGCAGGCAGACAAAAAUAUAUUAACAUAAGUUUGUUGUAAGUGUAUAUAUUUUUGAAUUUGAAGAGAAUGUCGUCUAAUCUAAGAUAACUAAGUGGGAAAAUCAAUCAAUAAAGGUUAAUUCUGAAAUGUUUGCUUUAACACUGGAGUUUUCAUUCGAGCAGUUUUGAUUUAGUUACACUGAGAUGAGCAAAAAAAACA